AUGUUAUGAGCUGAAGUUAUGCAGCACUCCUAAUUUGAAUAUAACUUACACCUGUAUGUGCUCAUUGUUAAACAGCCAUGCAUAUUCAUUCAGAAGCAACCAUGCAGAAAGCACUCUUCAAUACAGUACUCUUGGCACACAGAGUGUGUGAUGUAUUUAAUGAGUAAUUAGCCAUGCACACAUUCAACCCUCAUACACUGCCUUAUGUACUGGACAUGUGGGAGUGGUAAGUUGCACUUGACCACUAGCAUGCACAGCAUAAGCAUGAUGUUUUAGUUACACCAAUAAACUCCUGAACCUCAAGCAAAGAUAUGUGGAGUUUUAUUACUUUCUUGACCCAGCUACAUUUAGUAAAGUACUAACCAAGAAGUCAACAUAACAAACCCACUAUUUUUGACAAAUCUCACCUUCAUCCACGAGCUCCUUCCAAUACUUUCCAAUAUUUCCUCGGGCCAGCAGCACCGCUUCUUAAAUCAACAUGCCAAACUACAAGUUGCUCUACUUCGACUUCCGUGGUCGCGCCGAGCCGGCGCGUAUGAUGUUCGCUCUCGCGGGUUGCGAAUACGUGGACGAUCGCUUUACACACGAGGAGUGGCUGGAGCGAAAGACCGACAAAGAAAUGUUUCCUAUCGGGCAAGCUCCGGUUCUAUUAGUCGAUGACAAGGUGAUACCGCAGAGUGGCGCGAUUUCUAGAUAUCUCGCCAGAGAAUUAGAUUUCUACGGAGCAAACAGUUUAGAAGGAGCUCAAAUUGAAAUCAUCCUCGAAACUAUGGGCGACAUUGAAAAGCAGUUGAUGCCUCUAUACGUCAACCAAGACGAAGCUAAGAAGGUUGAGAUGACGAAGGCAUUUAUUGAGACAUCGAAGCCCUACUUCUCUUAUCUUGAACAACUCAUCAAGGAGGCAGGGGGAAAACACUUUGUAGGAAACAAGGUUUCACUAGCCGAUAUUCAUAUCUUCAAUAUGCUUGACAUGAUGACCAACAGCAAGUACAAGAUAGAGGGCCUUCUGGAUUCCUACCCUCAACUGAGAGCCUUCUGCAAAUCCUUCCGGGACGAAGGUCCUCUCAAGUCUUACCUGGAAUCUCGGCCCGUCGCAGAAAUUUAAA